CUGCGGAGUCCGGAGUCUGGGGGUUCUGCGUCUGGAGGUACGAGGUCUGGGAGUCCUGCACCUGGAGGAGCCCUCUCCUCGGAGCAGCUACGUGCGUGGUACUUAGAGUACUGCAGCCUCCGGAGAGGUACCGCUCGAGCCGGACGUACUACUGGGACUGGUGCUAGUACUUCUUCUCCCGUUCGGGAGCUCCCCUCCCGCGAGCGGAUCCGUGAGUGGUACGAGCGGCGCUGCACUCUUCGGAGUGGCGUGCCUCGUGUUACGAACCCCGCUGCUGUUGGAGCUGCUGCUGGUGCUGAGGACCCGGGCGUUGGAGCUGCUGCUGGUGCUGAGGACCCGGGCGUUGGAGCUGCUGCUGGUGCUGAGGACCCGGGCGUUGGAGCCGCUGCUGGUGCUGAGGACCCGGGCGCUGGAGCUGCUGCUGGUGCUGAGGACCCAGGCGUUGGAGCUACUGCUGGUGCUGAGGACCCGGGCGUUGGAGCUACCGCUGGUGCUGAGGACGUGGACGCUGGAGCUGCUGCUGGUGCUGCCGACCCUGGUGCGGGUGUCCCUGCUGGCUCUGGUGUCGCUGCUCGGUCUCAGCCGUACUUUGUUCCGCUCCUUCAGCAGGUUCUUGGUCAGCUUCCUCCUCCUUUUCCUCCUCCCUCCUUAGAGUGUCCUCAGCCUGUCCAGCUGCAGUCGGCGUUACCGUCUGCCUCCUCUCUCCUUGGUCCUGCUCCUUACACUGGUCCGACUGGAGGUCUUACUGAGCGGCGUGAGCCUGCGUCUCGUCCUGCGUCGCCUGAGUCUCGUCCUGGGUCGCCUGUCCGCACUGCUCUCUCUAGUCAUCGAGUCCAGCGUCAGCGUCUUCCUGCUGUCCCAGGCACUCACCGGAUGGCGCUUCGUCCGUCCACUGCUCCACAGCGUGUCCCACUGCCGUCUCCUCCUGCUUCCUCUCUUCCUGCUCUUCCUGACCCUGGGUCAGACUCUCUUCGUGCUACCAGUCCUGCUGUCACGCGUCUCCUGGCCACUGUUGUCACUGACCCUUCCUUUGAGUCUGCUGCUGCGUCUGCCUUAGUUGCUGAGCUUGUCGACUUUGCUGCUCGCUGUCGUCUAGACUACGCUGCUAGCCUAGUUGCUGAGUCUGAGUCUGUCUGUCCUCCGUCCGUCGGGGGUGAGUGUGCUCUUGGCACUGACGUCCUUGAGGACAGGCAGGAGGAGUUCCAGUGCUUUGCUGCCACUUUGCCCCAUCUCGUGUCCAUGCUUGUUGCCCCUGAGGGAGACCCGGAUGCACCAGACAUCCCGACCCCACGCUCUUACGCAGAGGCGAUGGCCGGUCCCUACUCCUCUCAGUGGCAGUCAGCCAUGGACACAGAGAUGGCUUCCUGGAAGUCCACAGGCACCUACGUCGACGAGGUUCCCCCGCCUGGGGCGAACAUCGUCAGUGGCAUGUGGAUUUUCAGGGUGAAGCGGCCGCCGGGUUCUCCGCCUGUCUUCAAGGCGCGUUACGUUGCACGAGGCUUCAGUCAGCGCGAGGGAGUUGACUUCUUCCAGACCUUCUCCCCGACCCCGAAGAUGACCACUCUUCGGGUUCUGCUGCACGUCGCCGCUCAGCGUGACUACGAGCUCCACUCGCUUGACUUCAGCACUGCUUUCCUGCAGGGCAGCCUGCACGAGGAGAUCUGGCUGCGCCGUCCACCUGGCUUCACUGGGUCGUUCCCUCCUGGUACCCAGUGGAGCCUCCGACGGCCAGUCUACGGUCUCCGCCAGGCGCCUCGUGAGUGGCACGACACACUGAGGACUACGCUUGCGGCUCUUGGGUUCGCGCCUUCUACUGCUGACCCGUCGCUGUUUCUACGCACCGACACCUCACUGCCGCCGUUCUACGUCCUUGUGUACGUCGACGACUUGGUUUUUGCUACUGCUGACACUGUGGCACUCGCCCACGUGAAGUCGGAGCUGCAGAAGAGACACACGUGCACAGACCUGGGUGAACUGACAAGCUAUCUUGGCUUGCGGAUCACCCGGGACAGAGCACGCCGCACCAUCACCUUGACUCAGUCACACAUGGUGCAGCAGGUCCUUCAGCGCUUCCGCUUCACGUACUCCUCGCCUCAGCCCACUCCUCUGCCUACCGGUCACUCGCUCUCAGCUCUGCCUUCGGAUGAGUCCGUAGAGCCGAGUGGCCCCUCCAGUUGUGAGGCUGAGAUCUACGCCACAGCCAUGGCGGCCCAGGAGCUACGCUGGCUCACCUACUUGCUGACCGACCUUGGAGAGCAGCCUCGUUCUCCUCCAGUGCUGUACGUCGACAACAAGGCAGCCAUUGCCUUGUGUGAGGAGCACAGACUGGAGCACAGAACGAAGCACAUUGCUCUGCGUUACUUCCUCGCUCGAGAGCUGCAGCAGCGUGGUCAGCUUCGCCUGCGUUACGUGGCCUCUGAGGCCAACACUGCUGAUGUGUUCACCAAGGCGCUUCAGCCUUGUGACCAUCAGCGCUUUUGCACUCUUCUAGGCCUUGUGCCUACUGGACCUCACUUGCUUACUUCUUGA